UCAAGCUGUCAUCUUCCCAGCAUCUCUCACUCAUCACUCUCACUCAUAUGCACUCCGUCCUGUGUCCACACCUGUCUCCAGUCCAUCUUCUCCCACAACUGCAUCCCGUCACAUUUCCAGUCUUCCAGCCUUCCUACUAACUUUCCAUUCACCCAUCUCCUCUUCCGACCAAAAGCCUGACGCUCCUUGUCCCGCCUCUUAGGGAUACACAUCAUCAAGGGCCUCCUGAGUACCUUGCACUCCACCACUCUAACUAUUUCCUCCAUCACCCUAACUGUCUCCCUUCCUCCUAUAUCUUCCAGCCCGUUUCCUCCUCCCUCUAUCACUGCCAGGUCUUCGGGCUCCAUCUGGUGGAAGGAAUUCAUCACCACGUCACGGAUGCCCCGGAUAUUGGCCCCUGGUUUGCUCUUAUCCAUCACCUUGUAGCCACCUUUGGACAGGGAGUAUAUUUCUUUUCCUAUUCCUUUCAUGAGGCUGUCUCCAAACAGCCACAUCCUCCUAACUUUACUCCCUGUCUUGAGCCACAGUCGCUGGCCAUCCUGGAUAUACCUCCAAGAUUGCCGACCUACGCCAUCCACGCCGACUCAACAUUACCCUGGUCCUCCUUACCUCUCUGUCCAUUGACCGUGUCUGGCUGGGAGUAUCCUGUACUUUCCUGCUCCUAGCUCCUCCCCUGGCCUCCUGUACCUUCAACUCCUUACUUGCCUCCCCCAAGCUACUGUCCUCUUCCACCCUCAAUUCUUCACUGCCACUCCCCUUGGCUACCACGGAGUCUGUUACAGCCUUGCUGCUGUAAGAGUGGUCAGACUCCUGUGGGGUCAGUGUACAUGUGGCGCCCCCUACCACCUCUACUUUUCCCUCACUACUAGGGUCAGGGACCUCCCCUGUCCUACCUGUGUCUCCCUCGUUCUUUGCUUUGCGUUUCUCCUCCCACCAUGCCCUGGUACUGUCUAGGCACUCAGGGCAUAGGCCUAUAAGGAAGUCGUUGUUCAGCAGCCUCUGGCUAGCUUCCUUUAGGCCCACACAUCGCGUGUGGUACCAAUCACCACAAAACUCACACAAUAUAGAAGUACCCCUAUUAUCCACCUUACCUUUACAUACCUUACAGUCAUUAUCAUACAUCCUGCUUAAUCACACAAGAAGAGAACAAAAUAAACAAAGAAAAUCGGGAGCAAAAAACACGCCACGUCUUACCUCCUUGGCGUCAGGUCCACCAAUAAGGUACCAUUUUGUUGACGCAAACAUGAUGGCUGCUAUAAUUACGAAAUAUGACUGCAAGAGCAGGAUGGAACACUUACAUUGAAGGAAAUCCAAGGAUGUGUUAUUGGUAUUUGUGAAGGCGGCCAUCCCAGUUUUCAAGAUGAAGGGACUGACAGUUGAGCAGAUCAGUGCUGAUCGUGUCACCUUUUUGGCACAGCAAUACUGGUCACCAGACACCAAGGAAAAGCACCUUCCAUAUGACCCUCAAGUCAUCAGUGAUAUAUAUGAGAGUGAGGUCAGAGCAACAGAUUUCAGUACUCGUCGUAUUGUGGUCCUUGAGCUGAGUCAGUACUUGGAGAACUAUGUGUGGCCAAAUUAUUCAGAAAAUGCCAGCCCAGUACAUCUCAUGUCUGUCAUCAUUUUAGUUAAUGAGAAGUUUCGUGAACGUGUACCAGCUUGGGAGUCUUUUGUGAAGCACCCAGGACCUUUUGCAGGGUUUUUGAGACACUUGAUGAAGGCAUGUUUAGAUACAAGUAACAAGUUUUCACAGAAAGAACAGACUCAUAUGAUUGUAUUUCUCAACCAUUUGUACAACAGCAUUGAGACAGAUCUUAUACGUGAUGGUAUCAGUCACACUGUGUCGUACAACAUUCUGGAGUGUCUUUCUGAUGGCCAACUUCAAAAUGUAUUGAAGGAGUUCCCUAAUUGGGCCAAAGCUUUGAAACGAACUGCACGUCAUAGAAAAAAGUUGACUGGUGUUGAACUGGAAAAGUUUAACUUUGAUACAAAAUUUCUGUACUCCAUGAUGCAACAGUUUUUGAAGAAGUUAUCAAUCAUAUCUGUGGAAGACAAUGAACUGAAUCAAGAUGUUGUACAUUACUGUGAAAGAUUCCUCGAAUUAAUGAUUGACCUUGAAUCUCAGCUUCCAACAAGGAGGUUCCUCAAUACACUCUUGCAUUCAUGUAAUUUUCUGGUAAAGUGCCACUUAUCUUCGCUAUCUACCAGAGAGGAAGGCAAGCUUUUUUCACAGCUACUGCAUAUACUAAAGGUUUUUGCCCAGUUUGAAAUCAAUGAUAACACGGGACAGCCUCUCUCUGAUUUAGAUGUGAUGAAAAUUCAUUACAACCAAGUCAAGGAAAUGCAGAGCAUCACAUUUAAAAACUUCUCAGAAUUAACUCAAUUUAGUUUUUCAAGUAUAGCUGCAGUGGAUGACACAGAAACUUUAAGGCAUUACAUUGAUCAGCUAGAAGACCCAGAUGUCCUUAAAUUGUGUCAAUUGCUCAAUGUUUUACCAAUAGAAGAUGAGAGUGUAACAGACAGGAAAUAUUUGACUGAAGUGAUUCUUUGGAAGUACCAGAGGCGUAUAUCACAGCUUGAGGCAAUUAAUCGUAUGCCUCUCUACCCAACAGAACAGAUAAUUUGGGAUGAUAAUAUUGUUCCUUCUGAGUACUUUUCUGGUGAUGCAUGCUUAGCUUUACCCAAAUUGAAUUUGCAGUUUCUAACACUGCAUGAUUAUUUAUUAAGAAAUUUUGACUUGUUUAGACUUGAGUCAACUUAUGAAAUCAGGCAAGAUAUAGAGGACAUUGUAAUGAGGCUUAAUCCAUGGUUAACUGAAAGUAACCAGAUCAUUUUCAGAGGAUGGGCUCGUAUGGCACAGCCAAUUGUGAAUUUUGCUGUAUGUGAAGUAGCGAAGCCUAAUGUAGGUGAAGAUAAACCAUCACGAGUGAGGGCUGAUAUUACUGUAAACUUGAGUGUUAGAAGAGAGAUAAAAAAUGAAUGGGAAGCAUUAAGAAAGCAUGAUGUUUGCCUGCUUUUGUCAGUGAUUGCUCCCAAAGAGUUACCCAAUCCCCAGGGACACUUUCCAGAUGAAUGGGGAAUCCGUUACAUUCGGGGAUGUGAGGUUGAGGGGAUGCUAGAUGAGAAUGGCCGUGUUAUAGAAGAGGGACCUGAACCCAAGCCUGAACUCAAAGGUGAAACUAGAACAUUUAGAGUCUGGUUGGAUUGUAAUCAGUACAAAAUUGAUAUGGACAAUAUCAAGUCAAAUAAUGGAGGUGAGGAUGUUUAUGAAACUUUCAACAUUCUGAUGAGGCGUAAACCUAAAGAAAAUAACUUCAAGGCUGUGCUGGAAACUAUCCGAGACCUGAUGAACACCAAGUGUGUGGUACCUGACUGGCUUCUGGACAUCAUCCUUGGAUAUGGUGAUCCAGGAGCUGCCCAUUAUUCUCAGAGGGAGAAUGCUCUGGGGACUUUAGAUUUUAAUGACACUUUUCUGAAUUUUGAGCAUUUGAAAAAGAGUUUUCCCAAUCACUCUAUUGAUCAUAACCUAAAAGCAACAUUGCAGCCACCAUUUAAAUUAACAUUUGAGGAUCAGAAGUCAGCCAAACGACUAGCUGAGGAAGAGGACAACAAAGUAACCAAGAGUAUAUUUGUGGAGCCCUAUGUUGUGCCUAGCCGAGGCCCAUACCCUUACACAGUACCUCGCAAAAACAGAGUGCAGUUUACACCAACACAAGUUGAAGCCAUUCGCUCAGGAAUGCAGCCAGGCCUCACCAUGGUUGUUGGGCCUCCAGGGACAGGCAAAACAGAUGUUGCUGUUCAGAUUAUAUCUAACAUAUACCACAAUAACCCAGCUGAACGUACUCUUGUUGUUACACACUCCAAUCAGGCUUUGAAUCAGCUCUUUGAAAAAGUUAUUGCUCUUGAUGUUGAUGAGCGGCAUCUUCUGCGUCUUGGUCAUGGUGAAGAAGCACUUGAGACCGAAAAAGACUUCAGCAGAUAUGGCCGUGUCAACUACGUCCUCAGCAAGAGACUUGAGCUCCUAGAGGAAGUAACUCGUCUCAAGGAGUCCCUUGGAGUAGCAGGGGAGAUGGGGGCCUCGUGUGAAACAGCUGGCUAUUUCUUCCUCCAGCAUGUAUUGGCACGUUGGGAGUGUUACAUGAGUCAGGUUACUACCACUCCAGGCAAACCUAUUAAUAUUGAACAAAUAUCAGACCUGUUUCCAUUCCAUGUUUUCUUUAGUAAUGCUCCACAACCUUUGUUUAAAGGAAAAAGCUAUGAAGAAGAUAUGGAAAUUGCAUCUGGCUGUUUUAGGUACUUAGAAAAUAUCUUCACACAGUUGAAGGAAUUUCGUGCUUUUGAGAUGUUGAGAAGUGGUCUUGAUCGCACUAGGUACUUGCUGGUUAAAGAAGCCAAAAUUAUUGCCAUGACUUGUACUCAUGCAGCUCUCAAACGUCGAGAACUUGUGGAUUUGGGUUUUCAGUUUGAUAACAUCUUAAUGGAGGAAAGUGCUCAAAUAUUAGAAAUUGAAACAUUCAUUCCAUUACUUCUGCAGAAUCCUGAAGAUGGACGAAACAGACUCAAGCGUUGGGUGAUGAUUGGAGAUCACCACCAGUUGCCUCCUGUCAUUAAGAAUAUGGCAUUCCAAAAAUAUAGCAACUGUGAACAAAGUUUAUUUACCAGGUUUGUGAGGCUUGGUGUUCCUACAGUUGAACUAGAUGCUCAAGGGCGAGCCCGCCCAUCCAUUUGUGCACUCUAUAAUUGGAGGUACAAUAAUCUUGGUGACCUUCCUCAUGUCAUAUCUUGGCCUGAGUUUAGAACUGCAAAUGCUGGCUUGUAUCAUGAAUAUCAGUUGAUCAAUGUUGAUGAUUUGGAAGGCCGUGGAGAAUCAGAACCACGCAAAUACUUCUACCAGAAUCUGGCUGAAGCAGAGUAUGUUGUACAUUUGUACAUGUACAUGCGUCUUCUUGGAUAUCCGUCUUCAAAAAUAUCUCUGUUGACCACUUACAAUGGUCAAAAGGAAUUAUUGCGUGAUGUAGUGGAGCAAAGGUGUGCCCGAAACCCCUUGUUUGGCCGUCCUCACAAGAUUAGCACUGUUGACAAGUAUCAAGGGCAACAGAAUGACUACAUCUUGUUGUCACUUGUGCGAACCAAAGCUGUGGGACACUUACGGGAUGUGAGGCGUCUUGUGGUGGCCAUGUCAAGAGCUCGGUUGGGUCUUUAUAUAUUUGCACGUGUCUCACUAUUUAAGAACUGUUAUGAAUUGCAACCAGCAUUCUCCAUCUUGACCAAGAGGCCACUACAGCUACACCUAGCACCAUGGGAACACUGGCCAACACAGCGACCACAUUCCCAGGUGGUACAAGAGAAACCUGUUGAAGUUGCAGAUGUAACUCACAUGAGCAGCUUAGUGCACCAGUUGUAUUCUGAGGUGUGUGCCAACAUCCAAGCUGUUGCAGGUCUUGGGGAGGCUCCAGGGACGAUGGCUCUGCGGGAACUGCCACCAGAUACUGGUGCAAAGUACGAUUCAGAUGAAGAAACUACAGGCAAAGAAGAAGAAACUGCCAUGCUCAUAGUUAAUGAAGUUGAAGCCAAGUAAUUUUAUGUUAGUGGUAAUUCAAUUUAGAUAUAUUGUUGAUAAAACUUGAAGGAAAAGGGUAUGAAGUACAUGCACAGUUAUUUUUAAAGACACCAAUAUUGAUGUUCUGUUCAUGAUUUUUUUUUUUUUUUUUUUUUUUACAUCUAGUUUUUACACCUUAAAUGAAAGGAUGAAUUCUAAGUAAGCUUAAUAUUGAAUAUGUACAUAUUUGAAAACUUAUAAUAUUUGAAGUUACCUAAGAUUAGUGGUUUCUUGUGUGUAGAAUGAAUCAGCAUUGUAGGAUAAGAGUAACAAUUUGGAAUUGGUAGACAUGAGUUUUGUGUACAUACAAUUAAGACUAAGGGAUAAGUUCCUUCAUAUACUUUUUUUUUCUUUUCAUUAUAGCAGUACAAUAUUUAUAUUAAUGUUUGCAUAUUCAUUAAAGUGGCAGUUUAAUUUUAAGGUCAAAACAUUUUGUAAAUUAUCUUUUAUAAUGAAGAUGAAAAAUA